AUCGAACGCGUAUACAAAUUUGUAUGCAAAAUUGAAUUGUUUUGUUAUCGAUAGAAAUGAUUCCUUUUAACAUCUGUUUAAAUAAAUAAUUAUCAAGAUCGUAUGCUAGCGUUUAACAUGGCUGUAUAGAUUUCAUCUGUGAGCCAAUAAACGAAUUAAUUUAUUAGUACACUUGACAGAUAUCAUACAUAACCAAAAAAAAAUAGUAAACAAUUCGAACUAUUUCAAAUUAAUUUUCAUUAAUUUUGUAUACGGGAAAAGAUGAGAAAAUAAUUUGGUGAAACCAAAUUUCACUCGAUAAUGCAAAGAAAAUUCAUUAUUGGAAAAUAAUAAUUUUCGUCUUAGUGUUUCUUUUAUUUGUCAAUUCGAGUAUUGCGAGUAGAAAUAAAGAGAGAAAAUGACGAAAAUUGUUGAAUUACGUCCAGAGAAAAAUCUGAUAAACUCGAAAUUCGAGAAAUAUCAAUAUUCCGCUGGAAAGUUUCCAAUAACUUCUGAGAUAGACUUAAAAGCAGAUGUAAUGAGAUUAUCGUUACCCUCAAAUCGAGACUCCUUUUUGGAAACUCGAUUAUUUGCAUUUCACAAUCAUUUGUUUAUGAAUCCACACGACAUGUCGUGUUGGUUUAUCGAUAGAAAUUGGUUAAUUUGGCAAUUUAAGUACAACGGUACCUUGGAACAAAAGUACUCGAUGCACGAUUCUAAAGAAAAUGUACAAAAUCUGUUAUACAACCCAUCGAUUGCAUUUGCUAAUAAUGAUGUUAUUGCAGUCUCCGAUGGUGGAGAUUGUUUAAAAUUGUUAAUAAUGAAAACCGAAGAUCACACGGAAGCUUUUACUCUAAGUGGUGGAGAGCCUGGAAUUAUAUUAGAUGUACGCUGUAUAGAUACAGCGUCUACUAUUAUUAUUGCAAUAUGUAAUAUCAAAAGUACAGGUGAAAAAAAAUUCACAAACCUCUUGUUAUUAACAUACGAUCGGAAAAAUAUAGGAAGUGAAAACGAAUCAUUCGAGCUUCGAAGUAAAGAAUCUUUAAAAGUAAAAGGUGCUGUUGAAUAUGUAUAUAUAGAAGAUAAUGGCAAAUAUUUACAUUCCAUUUGUCAGGAUUAUAUCACAUUUGAAUGUCCGAAAGUACAAGAGUUUGUUGAUAAUAAAAAGGAUUUACGAAAAUCGAGCGAAAGAAAAAUUCCGAAAUAUUGCUGGUCGCAAGAUGCGGAUUCGUUGACGGUCUGGAUUAAAGUAGAAAAGGAACACCAAAGCGAAGUCAAAGUACGCGUAACACCGUUAGAACUAUCAGUAACAAUGAAGGAUAAUGUACUGAUACAAGGCCAAUGCCAACAUAGAUUAGAUGAAAAGUUAACAACAUGGAAAUACGAACAGGAUACGUGUAGACUUGAAUUGGUUAAACAAGAAAGUGGUUUGAUGUGGAGCGAAUUAAUUAAGGGUGAUACAGGUGGUGAAUGCUUGCCUAAUGAAACAUUGGCUGCUGAAAUUCAUUCCAGGUUGGCUCAUUUAUGUACAGAUCAAGCAGACGGUAAAUUAGAAGGUCAACCUUGCGUAGGGUUCAAUGCUGAACAACUCGAAGAGUGCGACCUCGAAGGAAAAGAUAAUUUCUUACAAAGAAUUAAUCUCUCCACUCAAGAAAAUACACAUUUGGCUAUGCUUGGAAUGAGUAAUCAUAUAUUACUCACGCACAAAACGCAAACUGGCCAAGCGAUAUUUCUCAGACACGACAACGACGGUUGUUUAUGGAUUACUGGUGAAGGGGAUGAUAUUCAUUGGGAUAUAAAACAUCACUAUACGUUUCCUGGUUUUGGUUAUGUCCAAGCUAGCAAAAGUAAUAAAAUGUUUUGCGUCUCCCCAGCUGAUGGUUCGUAUGUAGUUAUACUGGAACACAUGAGAUAUAUAUUCUUAUAUAAAAAGCCUAAACUUGACGAUCAAAUUGGCAAACAAUGGAUCGUAGAUUUAGGUCCGGGAACUGAUCCUAUCAUGGGCGCUGCCGCCACAAAUGAAUAUUUAAUUGUACUUACUAGAAAUAAGUUAUACCGUUUGUAUAUUUCUAUCUAGAAUCAGUUGUAUUCGUUGUAUUAGUUGUAUCGAUUGAAUUAUAUUAUACGCGUACAUACAGUAUCAUAUGUAUUUACAAAUAUAUACAUGUAGUCAAUUUUGUUA